AGGUUGUUGCUAGAAUUGAAGUGGCAAUAGUUGCGAACGUCCUUGGUACUUAUCACCUACUAGUACUAGUACUAGGCUAGAGUGGUGCCUAGCAUACAAUGUAGCCUGUCGUGUUCGUCCUAUCUUGCUGGACGCAACAUAAGUUCUGCUAUUCCGCGAUCAAAACGGCGUGAGAUCGACAGAGUAAGUACAUUGUUUCAGCCCUCAGUAUGCUUGGUAAUAUUAGCACAUCUCCGGCAUGGCAGUCUAUCACCAGUCUCUUGAUCUGACCUUGGAAAGUGGAAAGCAUAACAUAUUGGGCCACUCACUGAACUGACACAGUUCGGAUCCGAACACAGCUGGCUACACUAGCCUACAAUCUACAGUCUAUGGCACUCGUCGUCGUAGCAUCGGAGCUAGCUUGCAGCCCGGGACAUCGCUUACCACUGCGUCACCGCUGCUAAUAUAGUGAUACGUCAAGCCACAGAUCGGACAUCCGCACACAUCAAAGGUCCAGCCCCUGUGGCUCGUGAGCAAGCGAAAUAAAUAGCUCGUAGGCCUGCUAGCCAGCCACAACAAUCCAGACUGGCGUGCUUGGGUCUCGGUAUUUCCGACUAGGGGACGCGUCUUGCCGUGUGCAGCACUCUAGUCUAGUCUAUGUCAGCACUGCCAUAGUGCACUAGUGUGUGGUGCAGUGCAAAGGAGUGAGUGGACAAGGGGGGUACAUGACUGUAGUGUUGGGUCUAUAAAGCUGAACGCCUGGUGCAAGGUCAGGUUUCAAGCAGACAUUACUGAAGAGGACGCCUUGUCUCAACGCUUGACUGAGCCAGUCCUGUCUCGUCGGCCUACCUCCAGACAUUACAGCACUCGUUUUCCUAGCCGACAAAUCCAGACACCAGUCCCCAAUGGCGCUGACGAUGCGUAAGAAUGGCAUGCAAUGGCUGUCGGUAGCUGCGACCAUUGGCUGCCUACUAGGUAUUCUGACUACCGGUGUUUCGAGCAGCAAGCGACUACCCCGCUUCAUCUUCGGUCACCCAGCGCUUAUGGAAUGCAGCUUGGAUGGGCCGGCAGAGGAGUUACCCGACCAGUCCGAGCCAGCGCUGGGUAUGCUGACGGAGCACUGUCCGAACCAGCCCCUGCUAUGCUGCACGCAGCGCACUGUCAACGACGUCACACGUAUCAUGCAGCGUAGCAACAUCACCGCAGUGCUCGACUCCUUCUUCAAGGAGCAGCUAGCCGCUGUCAAAGCCGUCAUGCGUUCGGAUCUAUACCGUAUUGGCGACGUCCUGGUACGAACCAUUCCACAGGAGUUUGACAUGAUCGAUCCGAUUGAGCUCAACCUGAUAAGACCAAACAUCCAGGAUAUAUUCUGCCGCGCCAGUGCCGAGUUUGCCCAGGACAUUGACGAGCCGCUCUGCCAUCACAAGGGCAUCGAAUCCAGAGCUAAGGCCAACUUCAUCCUGGCUGGAGCUUACACGAACGCAGCAAUGACGGCAAUGGGCUACCCCGGACGUCUUCUGUCGCCGCAGGCCAGUCGGUGUGUGCGUGCGUACAGCACACGAUCCUACGCGUCCUACUCGCGUCACGUCGACUCGCUGUCCUGCACGCUACACUCGCUGCAGUGCCAGGUGAAGCCGGCCCUGCUCGCGCUGCAGUCCACAGCGGAGAUGAUCGACCGCGUCCGCUUGCUCAUCCACUCCGAGCAGUUCCCCGGACCACGCUGCAAGCAGGCACUGAUGGACCUAACCGUGUGCCCGUACUGUGCGGGGAUGCAAGCAGUCCCGCCGUGCCUGUCCUCCUGCAAACAUGUCCUCCGGACGUGCUUAUCAGAAGUCAUGAAUGAUCAACUGCAUGAGAUCUUCCUCCCGGUCAUAAGCAAUUCGCUCAACAGACUCCAGACGAUUCUCGCAUCGAUUUCCGACAAUCUGAUCCAGGCCCGCAAAACUAUACAGAAAGUCAUCUUGGAAGCUAACCAAGACGUCACUAACAGACUUGAUCAUCGCCAGCUAAAGGAAGAGAUCAACCAUUCAUGCCACCUUAGCAGCAUUCUCAAUCAGCGCUACGAACCACAGGCCUGUAACAAUGCUGAGCCACUGCCGGACUAUCGGCGGAUCAUGCAGCAAGCCAUCGAGACGACCCAGUUCUUGAAGCACGGCUUCAGCAAGCUGGAUGCCGACCAUGCGAGCAUGCUGUGUCCGAAGGUUGGCUGGCCACGCUUGUGCAUGCACUCCCCACUUCGGCCACAACAUCUCCCACCAGCCAAUACACCUUUCAAGGAAUACACACAGGAGAUCAUGGGUCUGUUUCUCAAUCGCAACAGUCACCUGUUCGACUUCAUUACCAGCGAUCAGUACCGUUUGCUGUACGAUGAUGAAGAUUCCCAAGGCAGCUAUCAAGUAAUAACCGAGGGCUCUGGCUCAACGUCAGCAUCAGGCAGGGACCUAAGUGGAGAUGGGCCGUUGGAAAUCUCCGGCAGUGGUAGCGGAUACGAGCACAUUGACUUCACUCCGAGACCCGUCAUAAGACCGUUCAUCCCGCUAGUCUGUGAGGAGGACGAAGAACCGACUACAACCACACACCAGGGAACAACCAGGACGGCCAUCCAGACAACAACAGCCGCAACAGCAAUGCCAACAACAUCUCAUCGCGUUCUCCAUCGCACUAGCCCACACGGCGCAGCAAGAAGUGAGUCUGAUAGACGUCCAGUAACACAUCCUGACACUUCUAGUUCAACGAAGACCUCAACAGCUACACCUGAGAAUGGAAUACCGACGAAUAAGGUUAAAAACUAUGUGUCGGAGAUUCCAGCAACCAAAGCGCAUUCUACGUCUGAGUAUAAGCCAAGCGGUUCAGCCACAGUCAAGGCAGCGCCUGUGCUAACGAUAUCAUUAUCCGUGUUGGUAUGGGCAGUCUCAUGAGCCGCUUCACAGCAGACGUGCUGGUCAUCGUCAGCAAUGCCAUUGUUGGAAAGCAAAUAAACCAAUGGUACUCAAUCCGUGCAGUCAGUGGCCUACGAGCGCUAUUACCCGUUGACAUCUUAGCAGCCGCACAUCCACUGCACGUGACGCGACACGUUGUUUGCAGUACGUGAUCCGGUGAUGCUAAACUGUGACAAGACACAGACGCCAUACUAUAUCCCAACACCGCAGAUAUCUAUACCCAUCUCUACAAGGCUUUUGUAUUCGAUCAUUAGAAGACUCUAUUAGCAAUCAUACGAGAAGAGAACUAGCCCUCUACCGAAGAGAGAACAGCUAGUUCAAACAGGUGCUCGUGUAUAUUUUGUAUAUCUGGAUCAAUCAUCUCCAGGGCAGCAGUAAAUCCUACCGUUUGGUUGAGCCGUAAUGACAUAAAACUCCGUAAAUCGUAAUUGUCUUGGAUCACGUGUAAUUUGAGAUAAGUCGUGAGCAUUGAUCAGAGUAACUCCCACUUGAAAUGGGUGUCACUAUCGUGUUACUUGUAAUGCAUGCCACUCGCUUAACAUAACAAAUAAUUCCACAACCUGUAACGCCUGAUAAAGUUUAGCUUCCGCCCGAUCAUGACAUGGAACUUCUUCCACCCAUCCUGUGCAUACUAGUAUAGCAUGGCUGACAAACACAAUUGCAUCCACUUAUUUAUACUAUUAUAGACCUCACUGUCAUGUUUGUCAAGAUUUCCUCGAUACCACUAAGCUAAAUGGAUACUGACGUUGAUUAUUCGUGAUCAAAUUUCUUCUAUUUGACAUGCCUCUUGAGAGAAACAAGACGAACGGAAAUCACCCAGUGGUGGAACAUGUG